AUGAUCAUAAGUAAUAAUAUGACAUUAUCAAAUAGUAAUUCCAACCAAGACACAGUACAAACUGAUCGUGGAGCAGAUGAUUUGUCUACAAAUUGGAAAACUCUCUACAAUUCACAACUUUGGACCAAUAGUGAAUUAAGAAGGCAGAUAAUAAAAACUCCGUUUAUUGAAAACAGGGCAAUAUCUAAUUGUUACACCUGUAGAGGAAAAAUAAGAAAUUACGAAAUAACAUCACCGUGCGUUGAUCCAAAUUUUUUGCCCCGAAGCCAUUCAACUCCGAAAUGCAAUCAAAAUGCUAUUAAAAAUAUUGAACUUAGUUUACACGAACAUUUUGCUGUAAUUGAAGAAGAACACGAUGAUGCUCGGAACAUUCCUUCGAUUUCAAGACAGGUCGAUAGCAGCUUCCGCCAAAAAUAUACUUGUUCCACAUACAAUUCUCCAAAUAGUAAUUUAGACAGGCGUAGACUAAGGAAAAGCCUCAAAAGUCUCAGGUCUAUACUUAAUUUUGCGUCAACUGAAAGUCUGACGGAGAAGAGGACUCAACUUAAAGCUUGCUCAAUAAGUGUAAUGAUUGUGGCAGUAGUCGUGAUAUGUUUGGUUUUGGUUAAUUUUUCUACUCCUAGUUUCGUACGUGCCCAGAAUAGCACAACCGUAGUGCCAAGUGUAAAUGUGGAUGUGAAUGAAACAUCCUCAGCUAUUAUUGAUAUUCACUCAAACCCGACGACCUACAAUGAUGUCAUAGAAUCGACGACGGAUAAAUUACUAUCAACUACGGAACUAAUUGUAAACGAAGCUAUAGCAAAACUUCGUAAAAAUAUAAAAACCUAUCCGAAAAUAAAACCGAUUAGGGAAUCGCCAAAAGAAAUUAUCAAUAGGGAUUUAUCGCAAAAGUUUUGUGCGUGCCAAAGUGAUGAAGUGUGUAUGUUGGAGGAAGAAAGUGGGACAUCAAUAUGCAAAAUAGCGACUGACAUUCAAGACCCUACAGGUUGCGGUGGUCUGUGCGCUCUAGAAACAGAGGCAUGUCAACUAGUGGAUAAGGAACGCGGAAUACGAGUUUGUCGUCUUUUAACAUUGGAAACCUGCUCACCUCAAGAUUGGCGUUGCCGCAACGGAUUAUGCGUGUCAGUUGGGGCUCGCUGUGACGGCACCAUACAAUGCUAUGAUCGAUCUGAUGAAAAACAAUGUGAAUGUGAUUUAACGAAACAGUUUCGCUGUGGACAUUCUUUAUCUUGUUUCCCAAAUAAAAAACUUUGUGAUGGUGUGAUUGAUUGUUGGGACGGUUUUGAUGAAGUCAACUGCACUAUGGAAUGUUCUGAUGAUCAGUUCCCAUGCAACAAUGGCCAGUGCAUUGUUUCAUCGCGAUUUUGUGAUGGUUUCGCCGAUUGUGCCGAUGGAAGUGAUGAGCCCCAUGGCUGUGACGCGGCUUGUGGUGCUCAUGAAUUGAAAUGCGUUAAUCAACGCUGUGUCUCAUUAGAGUUACGAUGCAAUAAUCGUGACGAUUGUGGCGAUAAUACAGACGAAAUACAGUGCUCUUAA